AUGAAAGAUUUGUGGCGACUAGCUGGCAAGCUAGACGAGACUCUGCGGCUGGGCGAGGCGAGGGGCGUGCCUGCUCGCGUACCCGCGACGGCCAGGCCCGUGACGCCGCCCGCAAGUGCCGUUUCGUCCCCGGCGGCCGGCGAGACGGCGCCCGGCGCCCAAGACUCUUCCCGCCUGCUCCUCGAGGAGGGGGGGGAGGAGGAAGGGGACCCCAAGCCGCAGCCAGACGCCGAGCGCGACGUCCCGUCGAAGCCGCUCGAGCCCGUCCUCUACUACACAGGCGCGUCUCUGCAUGAGUCAACGCCGUCGAGUGCCGCGGGCGCAGCGGCGGAGAUGGAGGAGGCACCGGCGGGCGCGGGGUCGGGGCCGGCGGAGGUGCAGGCGGAGGUGGCGGAGGAGGCGCCCGUCGGCGUCCCUUGCCCCUUUCACGCGACGCUGCACCCCUCCUCCGGGGGCGACGAGGCCAACUCUUCCCCGCAAAAGCACGGCGCCGUCGCCUUGCAAGACCGCUCCAGCGAGGCCGCCCAAGGGGGCCGCCUGCCGCGGCCAGUGGGCGGCGGGGAGGACGCGGCGGACGCCGAGGGGCAGCGCCAGUCAAGCGGCGCGGAGCGGCGAGCGGGCGGCGGCGAGCACGAGGAGCUCGUCGACGCGGAACUCGACAAGGACCUCAAGACGCCGCCCGCCGCGCAGUCGAGGCUUGCUGCGCCCGCGCCGCGACCCUCGCAAGGGCACGCGGGCGUGCGAGCGCCCGGAUGCGCGAGCGCCUUCUCGUGGUGCGACGGGACGAGCGGCAGCCGCAAGCGCCCCGCCUCGCCGCCUGCGGCCUCGAGCCAGCCGCGCGGCACAGCUCCCUCCGAUGCGACGGUGUGGCCGAAGCCGACGGGCGCCACGGUGUGCGCCGCAGCCGGCGAGCCGCCUCGCCCCUCGACUCCGAAGCGGGGAGCGGCCUGCUCCGAGGCCCCAGAAACACCCCCGACAGCCAAGCAGCCGUCGAAGCAGCCGGCACCGCCGCAGCGGGACGGGGAGGCGCUGCGGGACGACGACGAGAACGCGCGCAUCUACCCCCGCCCGCGGCAGCAGCCCUGCGGUGCCCCCUACGAUUCCGGCGCUAGCCGGCCGCUUCUGCGCAGCCCGCCCUCUGACGGCGACGAGCCGCUCGUCAUCGACGGUGAGGAGCAGGCGUCGCCGUCGGCGGGGGAGGCAGAGGCGACGGAGCCCGCACCGCCCUCGAACCCUCCAUCGCCGCCGGCCGAGUCGGAGCCGCUGGAGGGCCGGGCGCGUGCGCAGGCGCGCGCCGCUGCUGUGGCGACCAGGGCCUUCGCCGCGCUCUCAUUCGACGGGCCGCCGCCGGAAGACGACGACCUGGCUCUCGCCAUCGCGCUGUCCAAAUCGGUCUUGUGCCCACGGGCCGGGCACGGCGACGGUGACAAGGUGCUCGAGGAGGAGGGGGAGGAGCAGGGCAGCGACGCUGCGCAGGCGAUGGAGGUCGAGGUUGAGGUGGAGGAAGAGAAGGAGGAGGAGGAGGAGGGGGAGGAGGAGGAGGAGGAGAAGAAGGAGGAAGAGGGGGAGGAGCAGGGCGGCGACGCUGCGCAGGCGAUGGAGGUCGAGGUUGAGGUGGAGGAAGAGAAGGAGGAGGAGGAGGAGGAGGAGGAGGAGGAGAUCGAGGUGGUGGUGGAGGGGAAAAGGGAGGAGGAGGACGGCGACGCUGCGCAGGCGAUGGAGGUCGAGGUUGAGGUGGAGGAAGAGAAGGAGGAGGAGGAGGAGGGGGAGGAGGAGGAGGAGGAGGAGGAGGAGGAGGAGGAGGAGGAGGAGGAGGAAGAGGGGGAGGAGAAGGAGGAGAAGGAGGCGAAGGAGGAGGAGGAGGAGGAGGAGGAGGAGGAGGAGGAGGAGGCGACGGCCCUGAUGGGAGGCGAUGUGGUCUACCACCGCCUCCUCGGCGAGGGCCCCGGCCGCGAGGAGUGGGAGGUCGAGGCGGGCGGCGCGACGUCGCCGCCUCGCGUCAAGGCGGCUGCCGCGGGGCGCGCUGGCGCCAGCGGACCAAGUAAGCGGCGGCGGGCGGCGGCGGCGGCGGCGGCGGCGGCUCUGGCAGAGCCUCCUUCGGGAGCCGCCGAUCGAGGACCGCCCACCUGCCGCGCGUCCACGCCGGCGGCGGCCGUGCUGAAGAGGCAGCGCCGGGACACGCCAGGGAAGCCCGCGUGCGGACGCGGCGCUUGCCAGCCCGAGAAGAAGCCUAAGUGGAAGCCCGCCGCCGGUGGGUGGACGCACCGGGCGGAGGAGGCGGAGGCGAGGACGAAGAAGGCGGAGGCGGUGGCGGAGGCGGAGGCGAGGACGAAGAAGGCGGAGGCGGAGGUGGGGGCGGGGGCGGAGGCGGAGGCGGAGGCGGAGGCCAAGGCCCCGCCCGCCUCGAGCGCGAGCAACAUCAACGUCGCGCGGCCGUACAACGAGGGCGACGCGGCGGUGCAGUGCGAGCGAAACCCGCUGUGUCUCAAAGGCAACCGCCACGCUGGCUUCUGCCGCCUGUCGCGCACGAAGCGGAAGCGGCCCGCGGCAAGCGGAGGCGAGGGCGAGCAGCCUGGCGAGCCUGGCGGCGAGACCUCUCCUCCGUCGCUCGAGCGAGACUCGAGCGCGCCUCCUCGCCCGCGGCGGCGGGCCGUGACCGGCCGCCCGCGGCUGCCCCGGGGCGACUCGGACCUCUCCGCCCUCCUGCAGCCGUUCUCGCUCUCGUACACUGGCGGAGGCGCCGAGGCGGGCGGCGCGGCGGCGACCGCGCUGCUCUCCUCCCGGACCGCCUUCUCCCUCGACAGCGAGAGCGGCGCCCUCACCUUCUCCGGCAGCGAGUGGACGGAUGCGGAGCGAGUCGUGCUGCUCGGGGCCGGCGAGCAGCCGGUGGCGGUUGCCGUGGUGCGCGUGCACGAGCCGCUCCGCGUGCUUGAGGUGCCGCUUCUAGCGGUGGCAAAGCAGAGCCGCGGGCUCGGGCGCGGCGCGCUGCUGGCCGCACUUCUGGUCGGCCUCGGACGCCGCCUCGGCCUGCAAACCCUCGUCGUGCCGGCCACUGAGGACUCGCGCGGCUUCUGGCUCAAGCAGGGGCUGCGCGAGAGGCCGGACCACGAGCAGCAGAAGACCGCGCUCAAGAGGAUCGACCACCUCCUCUUCAAGUACAGCGACACCACGGUGAUGGCGCGGCCGAUCGCGCCCGCGCACGGCCCGUGCGGCGCGUCGCACUUUGCUGAGGUCGGCGUCGCGCUCGACCGCAGCGGCUGCAGCAGCAAGCCGCUGGUGCUCACGCCGACGCAGGCUGCGGCCAAGCACAACUACGUCGACAUCAACGACCGCGGCAACUUCUGGAUGCGGCCGGGCGGCGUCGUGGACUGGUGCAAGCCGGGCUACGCCCCGCCGGAGCUGCUGCCUACGGAGUGGAAGCAGGUCCCGUACCCGAAGCUCGAGGCCUUCUACGGCGCGGACGGCGGAAGCCGCGGCUGGGGCUUGCGCUGCAAGGGAGCCAUUCGCGCCGACUCGGUUGUGGUGGAGGUGGUCGGCCGGUGCUUCUCGGAGGAGGAGCACGCGGCGCUGGAAGACAAGACCUACGCGGUUGGCUUCCCUGACGCCAUCGUCGACGCCAAGCGCGCCGCGGGGGACCCGCUUCACUUCAUCGACCCCACGACACACGGCGGCAUGUGGCGCUUCGUCAACGACUCACAGGAGGCGCCCAACCUCUGCCUCUGCUACCAUCCCAAGUUUGAGAAGCCCUCCCCCUCCAACGGCGGGCGCGGCGUGCUGCCGACGCGCGCCUAUCUCAAGGCGAAGCACGACAUCGCCCCCGGUGUCGAGCUCACCUUCAACUACGGAGGCUCCAAGGAGGGCCGCCGCUCAACGUACCCUCGCUCGUGGUAG